AUGCCUCGCAGUCUAGGAGACUCGACUCCGCUUCUUCAUCGCUCGGGAAUCGCGGGUGCUCUUGCUCGCUUUUCCCAGCGCACUUAUGCUGCGGACUAUAUCGCAUUGGGGUUUCUGGUCGCAGGAUGGACGUUGAUCCAAUUAUUCGUUGACCCUUUCCACCGCAUGUUUUCCCUCGAUAAUAAAUCCAUCCAGUAUCCAUUUGCGACUCAUGAGCGCGUCCCUGUGUUAUGGUCCAUCAUACUCUCCGGCGUCAUUCCCUUUCUCAUCAUACUUGCGUGGUCCGCGGCUAUGCACCCGGGUGUGCAGAAGACUCAAGUGACAGUGCUCGGGCUUCUGGUUUCUCUAAUGCUCACAACCUUUGUGACGGAUAUCAUCAAAAACGCCGUAGGCCGACCGCGCCCCGAUUUGCUGUCGCGGUGCAAGCCUGCCCGCGGCACACCUAAUGAUCAAUUGGUUUCAUGGACUGUCUGCACGGAGACUAGACUACAUAUCCUACAGGAAGGCUGGCGUAGCUUUCCCAGUGGACAUAGCAGCUUUUCUUUCGGCGGAAUGGGGUACUUAUGCUUCUUCCUUUGUGGUCAAAUGCAUGUUUUCAGACCUCGGACUGAUCUCGGAAGAUGUCUCUUGGCAUUUUGCCCCCUGAUGUGCGCAUCAUUGGUCGCCAUCUCUCGCUUAGAUGAUUAUCGGCAUGAUGUUUGGGAUGUCACUUGCGGCGCGACUCUAGGCUUGGCAGUUGCGUGGUUCUCGUAUCGACGCUACUAUCCCCAGCUACGAUCUGUUAACUGUGAUGUGCCUUAUGAUAAGGCUGACUUUGCUAGAGAAGGAUUUGACAGAUUAGGUGACGAGGAACAAGCCCUGGCGCACUCUUUAUACCAGCGCAACGAGCCUGUCUCUGACGAAAUCUUUCAGUUAGAAGAGAAUGAGCUGUCCAGGUCAUAA